AGCUUCCGGAAAGUCAGGUGAUCGCUUGUACACAAACAACAAGAGAGGCUAGGAUGGCAUCGAGGCUCUGAAAUCUGCUUAGCCUUAUCAUACUUUAGACAAAGUCGCGUCGAUGAUGAACUGUUGAUUCAUUAAGUUACAUUCAAGAAGAAUUAACUGAAAACGUAAAGGAUUAGGGUGGUCUAAGAAGAAACAUGGCACAAUUAGGAUCCGUGGAAUUCGCAUUCUUCGCGUUUUGUGCUCUAAUUUUGACGGCAGUGUCAGCGGGUGCUGGCUCGAGACUCCCGGCGGAAAGCCUCCCCGUACCACGGCUGAGCGUUAACCUCGAUUCUCCUGCAGAGGAGCGAUGGGGUCCCGCAUUGCACCACUGGAAUUUGACUCAAAUGAGAACUCUUUUUAUUGGGACAAUUGAACAAGUUGUACCCAAGGAAGCUCUUCCAUUGGUAGACCAGCUUGGUGAUGUCUUGGAUGAACUCCUCCCGGCCCCUUACUCAGGAGAAAUCAGGGGAGUUGCAAAGACUUUAGACAUUGGUGUCGGCGAGAUGGCUUUCAUUAAUAUGCUCUAUGACUUUACAGCAGCCUGUACAAGCAUCGUUGCCCAGGAUGCAAAUGGUACCAUCUGGCAUGGUCGAAACCUCGAUUAUAGUUUCUCAACUUCCUUGAGUAAUGUCACAGCUAUCGUUGAUUUCAAGUCACAUGGAAAGACUGUAUACACAACCACUUCCUUUGUUGGUCAAGUGGGAGUUUUCACAGGAAUGAAACCAAAUAAAUUUACCAUCAGUCUGAAUGAGAGAGAUCAGGGAAGUGUGUUUGAGAAUGUUGUUGAGUUGUUGAAAGCCAUACUUCUGAAGAAAGUCAAGUUUACUACCUUCGUCUUGCGAGAUGCUCUUACCAAUGAUAACAGCUUUGAUGAGGUAGUUCAGAGGUUCACCUCUCAAAAAGAGGUAUCCCCUGUGUAUCUCAUCAUUGGAGGAAUCAAACCGGGAGAAGGCGUGGUUGUCACCAGAGGCAGGGAGACAACUAUUGAUGUAUGGAGAUUGGACCUCUCAGGAAAUAGAUGGUUCUUGCUAGAGACCAACUAUGAUCACUGGGUACCGCCCCCUAAAUCUGACGACAGGAGGUAAGAACAUGUCCUAAUCUUCUCUUCUCUCACAUGACCCUCCUUACAGGGUAUGGUAGUGCUCAGUAGAAAAGUAUCAGGGGUCCAUUUAAAAAAUAAAUAUUUUGUAAAAUGCCAUAAUUGGUAAUUUACCAUUUUGAAUACCAUAAUAGCAGAAUGCGGUUUUGUUAUUUUUGUUUUCAUAGGCCAAUCGCCUGAUCGUUUUAUGUUUUGUUGUAAUCAAACGGAUGUCUUCUUAUAUAUGUUAUUCUAUUUUGUAUGUGAGACAUGUUAUUUUAUGUGCCAAUGUCAUUUUAAUUGUACUAUGUGAUCCGUUACAUCAUGGAUGUUUUAUUAUGUUUACCAGGGAUGAAAAGGAUCAAUAAAACAUGAAUUACAAAAAAAUAGUUGGUAAGUUUGCAACAGUUUGAAACUUUCUGAAAUGGAUCCCAGGUGGUAGUAGAAUACAAGAUGAUGUAUGUGACUAGAUGAAUGUUCACUCAAGGUUUCCAGUAGAACCAUACACAAUGAUAUAAUGGUUAUGGAUCAUGUUGAUAAAGUGUCAUAAGAAUGAUUAGGAUUAUGUGAACAUGUAGUAGAUGAUUAAAGGUAUAGUGUAUGAUUGGUUAAUCUUAGACAAGGUCAGUGAAUCAAUUGUAAAGAUAUUAUUUUCAUUAAAUAUCUAUAUCAAUGCUCUACUUUAUCACUCAAAAGAAAUUGGUAUAACUCUUCUGUUUUCAUGAUAUUGAGGGGUGAAAUAUAUAUUAUAAUAUGUCGGUUAACCUAUAUAUUUUGUUUCCGCCCUCUCGAGUUAACAAAUAAAUUGAUAUUAGAACACCGUUCGAAUCAUGCAUAUUCAUUACAACCUCAUGCAUAUCGAUGAAAUACGUCAUGGCGCAUGCGCGGUAUCAAGAAAUCCCCGUAUCAACAAAGUGCAGCGCUGUGUGCAGAAGUAGCUGAGUCGAGUAGAAGCAAACACCGAACGUUGCGUGCAAGCUCAAUGAGCCGAUGCUAGCCGGCUAGCGAUUGGUCCACGUCCUGGACGAUUUUUAUUGAUUGGGCAAACCAGGGGCAAACCUUAUCGGACUGUACAGGUACCCCCGCGCGCACACAUAACCAACACACACACGCCCUCCACUGAUUCACCUAACCCACUGAUUCACUUUCCCCGAAAAAAAAAUGUUGUUUCGUGUGACUAUUCAGGGGGUGUGUGUAUGCGUGUUAUGGGGAUGUAGUGUGUUGUGUUUGGUAGUCGUAUCGUACAAAAUACCAACAGUCCAGGAGGUGGACUAGCUAUAGCGAUAUGCUUGCGCUCUGCAUGCACGUUUACUUUAGACAUACUCCACUAUUAGCGAUAGCACACACAGGACAAUUACAAGCAUAUUAUAUGGAGCUAUAGCUCCAUGAUUGUAUCGUACGUGAAUAAGGAUUCAGACACGUGGAUUAUCGGACGUGAAUGACGAAGCAAAGGAUUGCCCAAUACUGCUUACUUUCGGAAUCUUAUGUCAUGAAUCUGAAAGUACUCCAAGACUAAAAGAGAUACGAGAAUCCCAGAGAAGGGCAAGGGCUGAGUUUGAUUAGACGGCCACCUCGCUCUUUGCGCUCGCAUCAAUAUUGUUAGGUAGAUGACAAUCAGAGAUAUCUAUGAUGACAAUCCUGUUCAUGAUUACCAAAAGUGCUUAGAAUGUCAGAAUUUUAGUUCAGAAUAUCAAUCACUUUUUAAGCCCAAGUGAUUGAUAUUCUGACCUAAAAUUUUGACAUUCUAAGCACAUUUGGUAAUCAUGAACAGGAUUGUCAUCUAAUUUUAACUAAACAAUAUUGAAGCGAGCGAGAUGAAAAAUUUUCAUAUGUAUAUAUAUGUAUAUAGACGGCCACCCCCAUUCUGUCUAGGGCCGAGUAUGAAGAAAGGGAAGGGCGAAGAGAAAAACGAUUAUUUUCAGGGCGGGAUGCAAAAUAGUAAAACAUAAAAGGAAGAUAAAAGUUGAUGGGACCAUGGAGGACACACAGUAUUGACAUGAAAGUAGGAUUAUUCUUCGUUGUUUAGACUGAACUUGCGAGGUCAAAAGGUGAGCUGAGAAACCUGUUGAUGCGAAGUAUGUAGCGUAGUCUACAUCGUGUAGACCGUGACAGUGUGUGUAUGCGACCAUGCAUCAGGUUGCAAAUUUAGAAUAAAGUGUUAUUUGGUCAAUCUUCACAAGCAGAGCAGAGGCAUCAUGAGC